AUGUCUCGCCCACACAACUCGUCGUCCUACACCGGAAAUACCCCAACACACAAACAGCAACAGCUUGCACGCGGUGCGCUCUCAAUUAAACGGGAGAUAGACGCGAUUACAGUCUUGUUCCUUACGGUUGCAAAGCUCCGCAAGUUCACCGGAGUGGUUGUACUCACGUUUAAAGCUAUCUACGCGCUGGAGACGAAGCACCGUUCGAACCACAAGAAGGCAAUGGCGUUGACGAAGAGGCCAUGGGUCGGGAUGGAAGGCCGUCCGCAGGAACUCGUCCAGGACACUGCGAAUGUGGAAGUGGGGAUGGACAAUGUUGAAAGUAAGCUUGACGCCAUGGACAGCAAGCUGGGUAAUACGGAAAGCAGUGGACGGACGAUUGCUGAAGGUGGAUAUUUCUCGAGAAGUUCUCUCGGAACAUGA